UCGCUUCCGGACGCGGUGAAACGGCAGCGAAGAAGGAAAACACCGCACGUAGCUACAUGGAUUAAUUUAAAUGACAAGACGCCAUCCAUAAAUUCAGAGGAGACGCCAGCACCUCUCCAGAGUGGAUUCAUGAACACAAAUACACCCGUCGGAAACAAUGUGUUAACGGUGUUUUACAUCGGGUGUCCGCGAAUAAGCGUUGUUUUUAACUGAGUAGCCGUGUUUUUGUUUUCUUGCUAGCUUAAGCCAUCGUAGCGUUAGCUGGUACGCUUGUCGUUAUUCUUGAUAUAUCACUCAGUUGUACAGGAGGAGACGGUGUUGUGUGAGUUGUUUGAUUGCGAUUGAAAAGCGUUCAGGAUUUGUUUCUUGGUCACUUUGCAGGUAGACUGCUUUGGAAACGCUCGUUCCUCACUGUCAAAGACAAGUAAGUUACAAAAGUUAUAGUUUUCCUAAAAUAUCCAGGGCACGUUUGGGAAACAAAACAUUGUGUCUGAAGUGACUCGUCACCAUCUCAACAAAUGGACAAAAUGGAUGUGAUCUGGACUUCAGUCCCCACACAGGCAACACAGCAGAUACUUUGUAAAUAACACUUCCCUGUCAGUCCACUACUUUUUCCUCCUCCUGCUGACAGGGCACUUUACAAACCGUAUCCUGUGUUUGAAUAUUUGACUGAAGUGGAGGAAGUCUUCCUUGUUUUAUUUUUGUUUCGGGCGCAACUUCUUUUUGACUUUAACUUAGACUAGGCUCUUCAGCUCAACAGUGAAGGAUGAAUGGCCUCUCUUUCGGCGAGCUCUGCUGCCUGUUCUGCUGCCCGCCCUGCCCCAGCCGCAUUGCAGCCAAGCUCGCCUUCCUGCCCCCUGAGCCCACGUACGCCUUUCUUCCAGACCCAGAGGCAGUCCCUGCUGCACCUGGGGCAACGGGGACAUCCAGCCUGCGGGCGCGGAGCAUUGCAUCAGUUGCUGGAAGCGGAGGGGCCGGGCCUUUGGAUGGGAGGUGGAAGCUCCACCUGAUGGAGCGAGCAGAGUUCCAGUACUCGCAGAGAGAGCUGGACACGACAGAGGUGUUCCUCACACGGUCCAGCCGAGGAAACCGAAUCGGCUGCAUGUACAUUCGCUGUGUCCCUAAUGCCAGAUUCACAGUGCUCUUCUCCCACGGUAACGCCGUCGACCUGGGCCAGAUGAGCAGUUUCUACAUCGGCCUCGGCACCCGCAUCAACUGCAACAUCUUCUCCUACGACUACUCGGGCUACGGAGUCAGCACUGGCAAGCCCUCUGAGAAGAACCUCUACGCAGACAUAGAUGCUGCCUGGCAUGCCCUGCGCACGCGGUAUGGCAUCAGCCCAGAGAAUAUUAUCCUGUAUGGACAGAGUAUUGGUACAGUACCCACUGUAGACCUGGCGUCACGGUACGAGUGUGCUGCCGUGGUUCUUCACUCACCUCUAACAUCUGGCAUGAGAGUGGCCUUUCCUGACACAAAGAAAACGUAUUGCUUCGACGCGUUCCCCAACAUUGAGAAAGUGUCCAAAAUCACAUCCCCGGUGCUCAUCAUCCACGGGACAGAGGACGAGGUCAUUGACUUCUCCCACGGCCUGGCUCUGUUCGAGCGCUGCCCCAAGGCUGUGGAGCCUCUCUGGGUGGAGGGAGCGGGACACAACGAUAUUGAAUUGUACAGCCAGUAUCUGGAGCGCCUGCGCCGCUUCAUAGGACAGGAGUUGGCGGUACAGCACGCCUGACCAUCGCCACCAGGAUCAUCAUCAACAUCAUUUUUCUGUGUCCAAGAUGGAGAUGUGUCCAAGAGUCAUCUCCCUCCGCUUACCACGGCUUCCGGGGGGGUUUAAUGCUCCACGUACUGCAGUGCUUUAUUUCCGGGGGCACAGUACGCCUUUAAUGGACCACGGUUUGAUGCGACAUGGAGAAAACAAGUGUGUUCAUAAACACCCGGAAGAGCGUGAGUGUGAAAGUCUUCACAAACUGCAUUUUUCGACUGUUGUUUUUUUUUUUAGCAGUUACUUUAACAGCACAGCUGCCAUGUGUUACGUGGCAGCAAAUUUAUUCCGAUACUCUGCAAUAAUACGGACAGUGUCCACAGGAAAAAAAUACUUCAAAUGAUUAAAGGAGAUUUAACACAACAACAAACUCAUAAGUAAUCAUGUAGAUCAAUUGCAUUGUGGUCCGCAUGAACAUUUUCCAUCAAUUUUCCAGCCUACUCAUAGUUUGUGUGUAACUUUAAUUGUAUAGUUAAAUAGAAAUGGUGGAGAAUGGGAAACACUAAAGAAGACUCUCAAAAGUGCUUGUGACACGUGUUGGGGAAUAUUUUAGUUUUUCUAAUUAUCAGAAUAGCAAACAGGUUUGUAACCAAGUUCUCUACGGUUUCUGUUAGUAACCCAUUGUCCAAUUUAAUGCAAUCCAAAUUCAAAGCACUACAGCCGUGUUUCCAUUCACACAUUUUUUUGCGCAUUUUGAAGUAUCACAUAGGGCUGGACCUGAAUAUGCGACUGCUCGUUCGUUGGGGAGGUAUUCGGUUUUUAAUUUUGGGAUUCUUUUUUUCAAUAGGCCCAACCUAGAACAGAAUCCUUAAAAAUGAAUCCCUUUGGGGCGCCCCGGUAGCUCACCUGCUUGAGCAUGCGCCGCAUGUACAAAGGCUCAGUCUUUACCGCAGCAGGCCGCGUGUUCGAUUCCAACCUGCAGCCCUUUGCUGCAUGUUACUCUCCCUCUUUCUCUCCCUUUCCUGUCUUCAGCUGUCCUGUCUAAUAAAAGGCCUAAAACGGCCAAAAACUCAUCUUUAAAAGAAAUGAAUACCUUUAAUUAAACCGAAAGACACUUGUUGCAGUGCAGUGUUUCCAUUUGAGCUCAGUUUAAGAGUAUUUUCUGCCUUUUGCUGUCUUUCUCUUCUCCUUUGAUCUUCGUGUUUCACCGAGGGUGGGGCUUUGCACACACACACACACACACACACACACACACACACACACACCCACCCCGGUGCAGAGCAGAGAGAAGUACAGUGACGACUCAUAGUUAGUUACCAAAUACUCGUUGAGUAGUUCCGAAGCCCAAAAAAUGGUAUUCGGUACAGCCCUAGUAUGGCAUUAGAAAAGCUCUAUGGAAACGGCAAAAUUCGAUUUCCGUUUAGAGUGGUUGAGUUAACUGUAUCGUCAUCUUGUAAUUAUUGGUUGUGUAGCGUUGGACUGCAUUAUAUUUAACAGUUUCUAAUAUCCUAUCGCCUCUAUUUGAUACAUACAUGCAUAGAGAUGAAUUUGAAUAUUGCAUCUUUAAUUAGGGUUCUACAUUAGUUUGUUGUUUUUGUUUAUUCAGUCAGCUAAAUCUCCUCAGAUCCUUUGAGCAAAGACUUCUGAAAACACAUUCAUCUAGUGUGUGAGGUCUUUUAAUCUUCAAUUUAGAACCAAGUAACGAAGCCAACUAGGAUCCCAAAGCUGAGGUGCAGACCAGAUGUGUUUUGGUGAGCCGUAAAUUUUUUCUUCUCUGUGCCACAUCUAUAUCCCAGUAAUGCAGUGGGGUUGGCUGUUUUUAAAGAAGUUCAAGAGCCUCAGAAAGAAAAUACCUCCAGCUUUUUCAUUAAGUGGAAUGUCUGAGAGUCUGUUAGUCCUGUCCGCUUUGUUUUAGUCUUGUUUGUCUUGUUUAUGUCUCACACCAGUAGGUCAUAGCUGUCAGUGAAGUUCCUGUUUCCAUCAGUGUCUAGAACAGAGAAGCAACUACACACUAAAAUUAAACAGGCCUCGGUUCUUUUUUAAUCUCUUUAAUGCUGUCUGACGGCCAUCUUACUCAUUUGCACUCUAUCUUGAGGGGCAGUUUGUCAAUUUGAGGAGUGAAUGACCGUUGACAAAAAGAAUUGCUUGUCAAUUUUCUCAUUUUAAUGAUUGAUGAGCUUCACAUUCUGAUGAAUUAAAAUCAUUCCCACUCCUAUACAGAUAAGCACAAGAACAGAUGUUUUAUCACAACAAAAUGGAAGCAGUAUGGUUCUUUAUUUGCCGUACAGCUUUAACAGAAUAAGCAAAAAGCUCUUCUGAGAAACUGAGACUUGAGCAUUAGAAAUUCGACAGAGCGACAACGUUUUGGCACAUUUAUUGAUAACUGCUAUUCCACUACUAUUCUGUGCUAUAGGUAGAAAUAGAAGGCAAACAGGCUGUGUGUACAUAAAGAAGAAUAUCUCUCUUCAAGUCUCUUUCAUCUCUGGUUUACAGUCUUUACAAGAACUGCCUAUAACAUCUGUGUGGUUGUCUGUAUGCAUACACAUACUAGUUAAGUGUGCUUAUUUUAGGUAUAACUUCUUGGAAACACUAUUGGUUUUACAAAACAAAUGAACUACAAGAGUGGUACAGUAUAUUUUCUAACUGCUGGUGUGAUUUUUGUAACAAUUGAAAACAUGUUGUAUUGACCUCUUAAUGGUUCUUUUUGCGCUGAUUAUUUAGGGAAAUAUCACUAACCAAUAUACAGUAAAUUGUCCUGUUUUGCUGCAAAGGCCAUCUCUUUCUCUCAUAUUGUUAUCAGUAUACAAAAAGUCCUGGUUCAAGAAUAUAUCGCCUGGCUGUCCUGUUCAAGUCAUUUUGGGUUGACUUAUAAGAUCAAGCCUAAUCCCUUCCUUUUGACUGCCUACUUUAGAUUCACUGCACUCUAUCUACUGUCUCCUAUCUGAUUUACAAGCAGACGUGAGGUGCAGUAUAAAGCGUCCAUCUUAAAGGUGCAACACUCACUAAGCCACAGAAAUUUGAAGCCAAAAUUAGAAUCUAUGGCUUAAAAUGAAAAAGAAUAAAGUGUUUCCUCUAACUGAGUUGAAUUACAAGAAUGUGUAUGUAUGUAUAUUUUUUUUUUUUUUAGGGCUUUACCCAGCGUACCUGCUGAUUAUGUUGAUAGCUUUAUAACCAAAGGCAAAAAUGUUUAAAUUUAAGUUCUUUUAACUUUUUUAUUUAUCUAUGUGGUUGGGCUGAUCUAUUUCCACUAUAUACAGUACAUUUAGAUACAAAUGAAAUAUGUGAUUUAUCAGAUUGCUAAAUGAUUCCGUUUUAUCAUAAUUGGUUUCAAAUAUGCAGCAGCAGAGUUUGAACAGCAUUAAUUACCAAGUUUAGGGUAUUGUUUAGCUUUUUUCAAGCUGUUUAUAAUUUAUCAUUUGUUAAAGAGUACAACUAAGCAAUACAUCAAAGCCGUGAGUUUGAAUAUGUUUGGGGGGGGGGAAAGAGUGUGUGGAAUGAUUAAAGAACAAUGAUGAAGAAGCUUCAAGCAGAUAAAUGAAAAGCUUUUGUUUAAAAAGAAAAUGUUUGGAUUUCUGGUGUAACACACAUCUGUGGGUAUCAUUUUUGUCAUCACACAUUGUUAUCCAUCGUUUAUUAUACUGACUAAUUUUUAGUUUUCGAAGAUUGUCUUUUUUCUCCAAGAAUUGAAGAGAAGAAGUUAAUAAAACAUAAUCAGAAAUUGGUAAUUAA